GCUGACUCGUACCCUGGAGACCUCUCAAAACCGGAAACUUGGUUUUCGGACAUCUGAAAUGAAACUGUUUGUAAAAGUCAGGAUUGUUUUCGGACCACACACACACACACACACACACACACACUGCCUGUUCAUACUGCUUCCUCUGAGUUUCUGUAGGCUGUGACCACAAGCCUGAAUUCCUUUCUGCUGAAGCUGAAAGCCAGCCAGUACAAUUGUCAGAGCAACUAAACAGGCCGCAGGACCUCACCUGGUAGGAGGAAGAAUGUCUCUGGCUCUGCACUAAUCUGGGGCGGAGGAGAGAAGAGGAGAGGAGAGAAGGGAGAGGCGACAGAGUUAAGGCAAAACAAUAUUGGGGAGCAGCGAUUUUUCUUGUAUAUUGCCAGAACAAAAUAGGAGAGGAAGAUCUACUGGAGGGGAAGAAAUCUACAUCUGCAUGGGAGUCGAAAAACACUUUCCUAAGCUCUUCCGCUUGGGCUGCAGAGAGAAGACAAGCCCAUCUGGGGGAGGGGGGAGAAGGGGGAGGUAGGUGGAUAUCCUCCCAGAAAGUGUAUCAUCAGGGCCUAGGUCUGAGUUAAUGCUAGUCGACUGUGCUCCAGGCAAGAGAAAGCUCCUCUCCUGUCCUUUCAGUAGAGAAGUGGCUCCCAGCCUGAGUUGGUCAGUUUCCUUUCCUUGCGGGGGCUCCCCACUCAGAGGCAAUGAGCCCUCAGUCACUGCGCAGAACUCCCUCUGAUCCCGGCAGCAGGCACAAGUCUUCUAACCUGCAAGACUGAAUCAGAAUGAGUCAUUUGAAGCUCCCGGAACAAAGUACUUGCGGCUGCCUCUCAAGACACUGCCUCCAUGUAGGUGGGACACACCUCUGGGGCAGUCACAUUUUUUUUUCCUCCUUCCUUCAAACAGGCAGGGAAUUCUGAUGCUCCCAAAAGACUGGCUCUGCCCCCUCGCCUCGGCUGCCCCUACAAUGAGAACCCUACUUCUCCAGGUCCAACGGGAGUUUUAAAAUAAAAUGGAUGAUUUGACGCUACUUGAUCUUCUGGAGUGCCCUGUGUGCUUUGAAAAGCUCGAUGUCACAGCCAAAGUCCUCCCCUGCCAGCACACCUUCUGCAAACCAUGUCUACAGAGGAUUUUCAAGGCCCACAAGGAACUGAGGUGCCCGGAAUGCCGGACCCUGGUGUUCUGCAGUAUCGAGGCUCUGCCAGCCAACCUGUUGCUGGUGCGCCUGCUGGAUGGUGUGCGCUCCGGGCAGAACUGGAAAGGGGGCUCCUUUCGCAGGCCUCGCAUACUGACCUUGCAGGACAACAGGCGAACCAAGACCAGUUCCAGAAGUCUACAGGCCAGCCCUUUCCGGCUGGUGCCCAGUGUCAGGAUCCACAUGGAUGGGGUGCCUCGAGCCAAGGCCUUGUGUAACUACAGAGGGAAGAAUCCAGGUGACCUGAAGUUUAAUAAAGGAGAUGUCAUCCUCCUCCGGAGACAGCUCGAUGAGACCUGGUACCAGGGGGAGAUCAACGGCGUCAGUGGGAUCUUCCCAGCCAGCUCCGUGGACGUCAUCAAGCAGCUGCCCCAGCCGCCACCACUCUGCAGGGCCCUCUACAACUUUGAACUUCGAGACAAGGAUAAGAGUGAGAACCAGGACUGCCUGACCUUCCUCAAGGAUGACAUCAUCACAGUGAUCAGCCGAGUGGAUGAGAACUGGGCGGAAGGGAAGCUGGGAGAUAAAGUGGGCAUCUUCCCCAUCUUGUUCGUAGAGCCAAACCUCACAGCAAGACACCUCCUAGAGAAGAACAAAGGGCAUCAGUUAUCGCGCACAAAGAACCUGUCCCUGAUGUCCUCACCAUCCAGAGGCAAAGCAACCAGCACAGCCACCCUCCGAAAGAGCCCCGGGUCCAGGAGGAAGGGGUCUGGGCAGUUCUCCAUCACAACGGCCUUGAACACACUCAACCGCAUGGUCCAUUCUCCUGAAGGUCAACAGAUGGUGGAAAUCAGCACCCCCGUGCUCAUCAGCUCUAGCGGCCCCUCUGCGUUCACUCAGCCUGGGGACAAGGCAGACUUCCCUGCCAACUCUGCAGUACAGGUCAGCACUUCUCAGCCUGCACCUGCCUCCCCGGGACAUUCCACAGCCAUGGUCAGUGUGCCCAGCUCCCAGCAACAGCUCUCAGCUAACAUGUUUGUAGCCCUGCAUGCUUAUUCAGCCCACGGACCUGAGGAGCUGGACCUGCAGAAGGGAGAAGGCAUCAAGGUGUUGGGGAAGUACCAAGAUGGCUGGCUGAGGGGUCUCUCCUUAGUCACAGGCCGAGCUGGCAUCUUUCCAAGUGACUACGUCAUCCCCGUUUUCAGUUCAACAGCUAGAAAGACAUCUAGUUUUCCAGAUCCCCGGAGUCCCACUGUCUACACCACAUGGGCAUUACCCACCUCCUCUGUGUCCUCCCAGGGUAGCUUUUCAGAAGGUGAUCCCCGGCAAAACCGACCCUUCAAAUCUGUCUUCGUGCCCACUGCCAUGGUUAACCCUGCGGGGAGCACAGCUGGCCCAGGGACUCCGGGACAAGGGUCUCUUCGGAAAGGGCGGAGCAGCAUGAGAAAGAGUAAGUGGUGGCCGAGAGAUGGAUCCUUGCAGAGACCAGUGCAGUCAGGGAUCCCCACUUUCAUGGUGGGAUCUCUCAGGCGCAGCCCCACCAUGGUGAUCCGGCCUCAGAAGUACCAGUUCUAUCAGCCACAGGGAAUGACCUCUUCCCCAACACCCAUGAUGGUAGAGAUGGGGUCUAAACCCAUUUCUACUGGGGAACCUGCCCUGACCUGCACCAGCAGAGGUGGCAAGAACAGGAUCCACUCAGCGGCCAGUUCCCUCAUCAUGGAAGGCAAAGAGAUACCCAUCAAGAGUGAGCCACCGCCCAAGCCACCUGCAUCUGCCCCACCCUCGAUCCUUGUGAAACCAGAAAAUUCAAAAAAUGGCACCGAAAAGCAAGUCAAAACCGUGAGAUUUCAGAAUUACAGCCCUCCUCCCACCAAGCAUUAUGCCUCCCAUCCCACCUCUGGAAAACACGAACAGCCAGCCACCUUGAAGGGGUCCCAGCCUGAAGCAGUCCCCUCAGGAGCAGAGAUGACCGUCCUAUUCGCCCACCGAAGUGGCUGCCACUCGGGACAACAGACUGACCUCCGGAGAAAGUCAGCGUUUGGCAAGACGAUGCCCCCACUAUCCACUGCUUCAGCCACACAGACCGUACUUACCAGCAAAUGAUUCCUUGGGUGGCUUUUUCUUAGAUACAAAAAGAGGUGAAUUGCGUGUAAAUACAGUCUGCCUCCAUUACAGGCAUCCUCCCGGUCUUCUAAGGAUUCGUCUCCUCGAGCACCCGUUUUAACCUGAAGGACUGGGAAGGCGUGAACUGCUGCCCUGAGUUGGUUGGCCUUCUCUCCCCAUCCACCCUACCACCACCCUGAGACAGAGUUUCUCUGUGUAACCCUGGCUGUCCUGGAACUCACUCUAUAGACCAGGCUGGCCUUGAACUCACAGAGAUCCACCUGCCCCUGCCUCUGCCUCCCAAGUGCUGGGAUUAAAGGUGUGCAACACCACCCAGCAUGUUUCUAAACUUAGUGAUUGAUUCAGCCGAGCCUACGGCUUGAACCAAGGAAUGGGGAAAACGUCGGUGCCUGGGCCUUCCGCGUGCAGGAUUUGGCCCCUCGGCUAGUGCACGCUCAACCUCAACGUAGUCUCCACAUCCUAGGACAGCGCAGUAUGGCAGAGGUGAAAUUGUUCUCAGAGCCUCUUUGACCUCGUCGCCAGCCCACUCUCUCUCCGUCACACAGAACAGCCUCUGCCGUCUUCUGAGAAACCACGAAAACCGAAGAGAGUUACUUCCAGAGUUUACUACAAACAAGGCCAGAGAGGAGGCUGACUACGAAAUGCCAAAAGAUUUUUAUUAUGUGUUAAGCUCCUUGGCCCAUUUCUUUCCAUACAUUUGUACACAGUAGAUAAACAGGGAGCAUGGAGAGGCAGAUAAGGGACAUGGAUGGCAUUAUAGAACUUUUCAUCCUUCCCCUCACAGCACAAUGCACUUCAAAGCAACCUUGACUGCACAGUGAGUUUAGAUCCAUAUUCUGCUUGCAUUCCAACAGUUUUGCUCUCCGAGGCUCCUAACCAUUUGAGGCAUUGGGGCAGAUGACUUAUUUCCCCUAAUAGGACAAAGGCAGAGGGCAAGAAGGGGAGCUCUUUGGGGAGAGCUGCUACCAAGGGAAGUGGACAGAGAAGGCUUGGGAAGAAAAAAGAGAUAGAAGGAAUAAAGGAAGAAUUUUGCAGGCAACAGACACAGACGAGACGGGGCAGGAAGUGGGGAAGAAUGGACUUCUCAAGGAAGACUAUAAACAGGCUCGGUGGGUGCAAUGUUUACACCACUGGCAGAAGCGGGAAGAGGACAGAGUCUGCCAUGGAGAAAGGGUCAAAAUGAAGUGACUCCACAUGGAUGGACUGACGUGAGCAGGUCUGGCCAGGGAGCUUUGUGAAUAGGGCGGGGGAGCGGGGAUGGCAGCUCUGGGAGUCAGGGUCACGCUCUAAGACAGCCCAUUAGUUCUCAUUAAAUGUAAUUGUUGUGACUUAGCACUCAUCACAUGCCCAUCAAUGUGGACACUUCGAUGCAUAAAUGCCACUUGCUACUAAGGCUGGAUGCCACUUAAAAAAACAAAAAAGAGGCAGGUCUAAUUAGUCCUUUACCGCAGACAGUUCUUGCAGGUCUCGAGAUUGCAAAUAUAUAUCUUUAACCCGCCCACACACUUGGCAAACUGAAUGAUCUGUAGGCACUUCUAGACAUUAAUAGAAUAAAAUGAAAUCAUAAUCCUGCCAAAGAAUACGACAUAUGUGCUUGAGUUUUGGAGCCCGUGGGGCCCACGGUAGCAUGUUGUUCUUGCAUUUCUGUGAGAUUGGGAUUCAUGUACACACCAUGAAAUCAGCAUGUUCAACUCAGGACAGCCAACUGGAUGGAGAAAUAGUACAGUCGCAGGGACAGAAAUACACGAUGAUCUUUUCUAAAUGUGGGUACCCCUGCCUCAUCUUUACUGCAGAAAAAAUCACUCUCAUUAAGUAUACCAAGUCACUCUAGACCCAGAGCAGCAAAUAUACAGUAUAAUAAGCCAACUGAUUGUUUAGGCCAUUCCCCAGUGGCAACUGGUCCAGUUUGUGACUAUCAAGUAGAGUGUUUACAGGGCAACAGAAAAGGAUUUCUAUGAAACAGAAAUGAAUAUGGAACAUGAAAGAGAAGUUUUUCAGUUCCUGCCAUCUCUCCAGGAUAACCUCCCAGAGUGGAAGGCCUCCCAGAUCAUACCGCCAGUGCUUGGGUGGGAUGAGCUGAUAUUGUCAAGUAAAAGCUGAUUUCAUGAA